ACUUUUCUUCUUUUUCUUUUUAUUUUUCUUCUCUUUUGUGCUUUAUUUAGAGCUCCAUUUACUGUCACCUACGGACACUUUUCGAGCUCACCAAGCGUAGAUUUUGCUGCAUGUAGAUGUCACCGUCUUCUUGCAAUGUUUAAUGGGACAAAAGAAAGCUGGUGUCAUUGAAUCUAGUGUGCUAAUAACUACUGCUACAUUCCUGUACAACUCUCGGACAACUACAUUUCAUCUCCUUGUCUUGCUUUCUUGCUCUGUAACCCAAUGCUGUAAUUAACUUUCCCCGCCCCCCUCACAGCUUUUCUUGCUCUUUUACCUUAUUGUAUGUUCCUGCUGGCUUCCAAGAGAAGCAAACCCAUCAGUGCCUCGGCUUCUAUAUAGCGUCUCCCUCCUUGCUUGCUUGCUCUCUACCCGAUAGGUGGCUGGAGAUCAGCGGAGAGUGAGGAUGAGUGCUACGAGGUUCAUUAAAUGUGUGACUGUCGGAGAUGGGGCUGUGGGGAAGACCUGCAUGCUCAUCUGCUACACCAGCAACAAGUUCCCCACCGAUUAUAUUCCUACUGUGUUUGACAACUUCAGUGCUAAUGUCUCUGUGGAUGGCAGCAUUGUCAACUUAGGGUUGUGGGAUACUGCAGGACAAGAAGACUAUAGCAGAUUGAGGCCUCUGAGUUAUAGAGGAGCAGAUAUAUUUAUUCUGGCCUUCUCUCUAAUUAGCAGGGCAAGCUAUGAAAAUGUUCUUAAGAAGUGGAUGCCUGAACUCCGUCGCUUUGCACCCAAAGUUCCAGUUAUUCUGGUUGGAACCAAGCUAGAUCUUCGCAAUGACAAAGCAUAUCUUGCUGAUCAUCCAGCUGCAACUACGAUAACUGCAGCACAGGGAGAAGGGCUCAGGAAACAGAUUGGUGCUGCAGCGUAUAUCGAGUGUAGCUCGAAAACCCAACAGAAUGUCAAGGCUGUCUUCGAUACUGCAAUCAAGGUAGUUCUUCAACCUUCACGAAGGAAGGAGAUGGCCAAGAAAAAUAAAAGAAACUCUGGUUGUCUAAUGGCGAAUUUUGUGUGUGGAGGCGCAUGUGUCGCCUAGAAAUUAGAAAGAAACUAAUCAUGGUAUGCUGAUAGCCAUGGGAGUAUGCAAGUUAGCAGGAACUUGUGGUUGCUGGGUCUUCAGUUCACCAAAUCUGCUGACUAAUGUUUUCUAUAGGUGGAUUAGAACCCACCUGUGGUUCUCAUGCUUUUCCCGAAGGAAUCUGUUCCCUUCUCUUAAUGAUGCAAUAUGGAAGAUGAAUUCAAUCUCUACCUCUAUAUCUUAAACUAAUGUGACAUUGAGUUGAAGUUGUUGUAAACAAUUUUAUUUUAGUGUGAGAAUUGCAACCAUGGCCUGAUGAUUGUCUCUAA